AUGCGAAAUGAAAUGGAAGAAAAUCUGGCCGGUAAUGCCAGGAGUAGGAAGCGCUCCAAUUCCAGAACUGGACAUUCGAGACCAACAACACCAUUGCGACCAUCAUCGCGAUCCUCGAUCCGAGAUUCCGCUCGCAAAUCCAGCGUCGACGAUGCCUACUUUCCCUUGAAUACGUUUGAGCCCGCAUUUGGAGAACUUUCAGAUACUCUGGUUGAUCUUGAGGCCAACAUGAUGCAUUUCCAACUGAUGCACGAGAGCCUUGCUCGAUUCAGCGAAUCCUUUGCGAGCUUUUUAUACGGAUUGAACAUGAAUGCGUUCUGCGUCGACUUUCCCGAGGGUCCAAGUUCAGAGUCGUUCCUCCGGGAUCGGCAAACACCACAGCCGUCUCAAAGCUCGUCUCGACUUGAACUUGAUGGCGAAGCUACCUUUAUGACAACUGAUACAUCUUUUGUCGACAAUCCGCCCGCUUCAACAAAGCAGCCCGUAGAGUCGAGUUCUCUCGAGCAGCGUCAAUCCCGUUUACCGUCUGUGCGUGGUAGUACAACGAGAGCAGGGCCGGCUGCGCGUGGUUCAGGUAGACUGCUCAAGUAUCGUGGACGCGGUACUUGA